AAACAUGUUUUAGUACGUGUUCCGCCGUGUUAGCAAACAGUCGUGUCGCCCCAACGAGCCCAACGGACACGCUGUGUCAGUGUGACUGUGACUCCGACUAGCGACUAUUUAACAUCGUUUGUGGACGCCCGGAAAACUACAGCCGGACGGCCAACAGCAGCAGUAAAACGACAACAGAGCGUCGCGUAGCGUCAACCCCCGCCACUUCCGUCAGUUGGCCACAAAUCAACAACAAAAUAAAAAAAAAAAAACACGUUAAAUACUUGAGAGUAAUUAUGCAAAUCGGCAGAUAUACAUAUAUAUAUAUGUAUAUAGACAUAUGUGGCUAAAACGGUCUCAAAGCAAAUCUCGACGCGUUUUUGUUGCCAUUUUUUUUGCAAGUGCUGCUUUUUGUUGUCGUAGGUUCAAAUAACUAAAGUUGCCACCACCAACAAAAAAUAAAAAAAAUAAAAUAAAAUAAAUAAAAUAAAUAAAUAUAUAUUAAUAUUAUAAAUGCCAGCAGGAUUGUAUGCAAAGUGAAUUUUCUUGCAAUUUCAAAGUCAAUUUUCGAGCAAUUAUUUAGCGUGAUUAAAGCAAAGAAACAUAUCUGUUUUUUUUUUUUUAUUUGUGUGCGUGUGUGUGCGUGUGCGUGUGUGUGUGCUUGUGCAGCUUCCUGUGCAACCGGUCCGCGGGCUCUGGCCCAGGCGACAAGUAACAAGCUGCCACAAGACGCAGCAGCUCGCGCUGCACCUGCAACACGCAAAAAUAAUACAACAACAACAACAACAACGAAAUCUCAAAUAGAAGCAGCCACAAGAAAAAAAAUAUAUAUUUAAAAAUAAAAGUAAAAAAAAACCGAGCGCAGAAAAACCCGUUUUUUGCGGAAAGCUGCUAAACUCGAACAGGCAACAAAACAAGCCGCAGGCAGGCCCAAGGCCGCAACAACAACAACAACAAGACGACAACGAAGACACACAACAAAAGCCACAACAACAACAACAACAACAACAACAAAAACAACAACAACAACAGCAGCAGCAACAACAACAGAAAAUUGUGUCUUGUGCGCGCAUUUUUCCUGCUGCAACUUUGCGGCGCUUUUCACGCUGCUGCUGCCCAAAUUGUGGACAUUUUCUUUAUGCACGCCUGAACUGACUUGCAACGUGUAGAAUGAAGUUGGUGCGUGUCAGUCGCGGCUUGCUGUUGCUCCAACUGGUGCAUCUGCUGCUGCUGCUGGUCGUGCUGCCCGACGGCAUUGUGGCCAAGUCGAAGAACAAAAACAAAUCCAAUCAGAAUACACACUACGGCGACUCCGGCGGCGGCAUCAGCAGCAGCAGCAGCAGCAGCAGCAGCAGCGAUGAUAACAUCAACAACAACAAGCUAAAGGGACAUGGCGAAGGCGGCCAGCACUUUGCCAUGGAACCGCAGGAUCAGACGGCCGUCGUUGGAUCCCGGGUGACGCUGCCCUGUCGCGUCAUGGGCAAGGUGGGCGCACUGCAAUGGACCAAGGAUGACUUCGGACUCGGCCAGCAUCGCAAUUUGAGCGGCUUUGAGCGCUAUUCGAUGGUUGGCAGCGACGAGGAGGGCGACUUUUCGCUGGACAUAUAUCCGCUGAUGCUGGACGACGAUGCCAAAUACCAGUGCCAGGUCGGGCCGGGGCCGCAGGGUGAGCGCGGCAUACGAUCACGUUUUGCCAAUCUGACGGUGCUGGUGCCGCCGGAGGCGCCAAAAAUCCAACAGGGCGACUAUCUGGUCACCACAGAGGAUCGCGAAAUUGAGCUUGAAUGCAUCUCGGCGGGCGGCAAGCCCGCCGCCGAAAUCACCUGGAUUGAUGGACUGGGCAAUGUACUCACAGCCGAGAGCUUCUUUGAGCCGAUGGCCGAUUCGCGACGCAUCAAUACCAAAUCGGUGCUAAAGCUGGCGCCCAAAAAGAAAUAUCACAAUACGACGAUCACGUGCCAGGCACAGAACACGGCCGAUCGCACCUAUCGAUCCGCCAAGGUGCUGCUGGAGGUCAAGUAUGCGCCCAAGGUGUCCGUUUCGGUGGUGGGCGGCGCCCUGGCCGGCGGCCGUAUACCCGAGGGCGCCGAGGUCAUACUCAGCUGCCAGGCGGACGCCAAUCCGCCGGAGGUCAGCUAUCGUUGGUUCAUCAAUGAUGAGCUAAUCACCGGUGAUUUUACCACCAAAAUGAUUAUUCACAAUGUAACACGCAAAUAUCAUGAUGCGAUUGUCAAGUGCGAGGUGGUGAAUGCCGUUGGCAAAAGCGAGGAGAGCGAAACUCUCGACAUAAGCUUUGGACCCGUUUUCCGUCAACGUCCGGUCAGCAAGGAGGCGGACCUGGGCGCCACUGUCACCAUGCGCUGUGAGGUAUCGGGCAAUCCAACGCCUGAGAUCGAAUGGAUCAACGAGAACUCGGAUCAGAUUGUUGGACGCGCACCGGAGCUGAAGCUGAAGGUCAGCAGCGAGACAGCCGGCCGCUACUUCUGCAAGGCGGUGGUCAACGGCUUCCCGGAGAUUGGCGCCGAGGCGACCGUCUAUGUGAAGCGUGCACCGAUUAUCACAUCGCACAAGGUGCAGUUCGGUGCCGUUGGCAGCCGGGCCAAGAUCGAUUGUCUGGCGUUUAGCAUACCCAAGGCGGAGCAUAUACUGUGGUCCUUUGAGGGCAAACUGAUCAAUAUGAGCAGCGCCGAUCCCGACAUCUAUAUAUUCGAGGAGCAUCAUCUGCCGGAGGGCGUGCGCGCAGCGCUCAUCAUCAAGGAGAGCCGCUCGACACACUAUGGCAAAUACAAUUGCACCAUCAUCAAUUCGUACGGUGGGGAUUCGUUGAUUAUUACAUUGGUGCCGGAGCCGGGCAGCAUACCCGUGCCGCUGGUGGUCAUGGGCUCCAUGUCGCUGGUGGCCAUUGUCCUGAUGGUCGUGAUGAUUGUGAUUGUCUAUAGGAAGCGGCGCAGGCGCAAGAAGCCAAUGCCCGCCGAUGUUAUACCGGAGGCAUCGCGCGGCGGCGACAAGCUGAACGAGCUGAAGAGCGAGCUGCGCGCCAAGGCGUACGAUGUGGAAUAUUCGGAGGCCGGCAGCGACGGGCUGGCCAUCAAUCUCACCCAGACCCCGAUGCCGGAUGUCCAGAUGAAGGGCGCCACACUGGGCGUGCCGCUGGCCGGGCCCGUUAAGUUCGAUGAGCGUUUCUCCGGCGACUACAGCGAUCGCUACAAUCGCCAGUGCCACAUCAAGAAUCUCAAGAAUCAGCCGGAUCAGGCCUACAAGGAGACCACCAGCAAUGGCUAUGCGCCCUACUUUGAGUACGCGCUCGACUACAGUCCACCAGCUGACAGCGGCAAGGUGAAGGGCGCCGCCUGUGGCAUCAACUCGGCUACCCUGCCACACUUUGCGGCCAAUGCGUCCGGCGCUGCUCCCAACACAGCCGGGGGCGUGCCCCUCAGCGGUGGGGCCAGUUUGCCGCGCAAUCAGCGUCACGAGCUCCACCACAAUCACCAACAGCAUCAGCAUCAGCAGCAUCAGCAGCAGCAGCAGCCAAAGCUGCCACAGACAUCGCAGGCUAACGGUUUUCUGGGCCAACCGCUGCUGCAGAACGGCAUCGACAGUCGCUUCAGCGCCAUCUACGGCAAUCCCUACUUGCGCACAAACUCAUCCAUAUUGCCACCGCUGCCACCGCCGAGCACCGCCAAUCCAGCGGCCACGCCCGCCCCACCGCCCUACCAUGCCGCCCGGCAUGCCAACAGCAAUGGCGGCCUCAAGCACUUCGGUGCCGGCGGCUACGGUGCGGCCGCCAGCAUCAGCGUUGCCGGGGCAGCGGGCAGCGCCGGCGGCGGCGGCGGGCCGGGCAGCGUCAGCGGCAGCAGCUCCAAUUUGACGGCCAGCAGCAAUACGCUGGCGGCCACGCCUCUCACACAGCCAACGCUGUGCGGCCCAUUGGGCGUGGCCGGGAUGGGGGCGCAGCAGAGCGCACAGAGUCCCUCCGGGCAGUUCAUAUUGCCCACAAAUGGCAAGGGCGUAACACAGAAGGGGCCGCUGGCCACGCAUGUCUAAGCAGUACGCCGGAACCAGCCGGUAGGCAAGAGGAACCCAAAACGGAACCGGAACCGAAAGCGAAACCGAAUAUUGAGAGCCGAAAACGGAACCGGAAACGCAGCUAAAUAACGAGUAUAACGCAUAUUUAUUCAAUUCGUAUUCGUAUUCGUAUUCGUAUUGUCUAGACUCUAGAUACUAGGGAACUAAGCGAGAUAGAGAGAGUGUGCGUGUGUGUGUGUGUGCUUUUUUUUUUCUCGAAAAGAAUUUCGAUUAUAUAUAUAUAUAUAUAUAAAAAACCGUAUUGUGAUUUAUAGCGUUAAUUAUUUUAUGGAAACUCGAUAAAAUAAAAAAAAAAACAUAAGGAAAAUGCAGUCAAGGCAAGGCAACAUGUAUGCAUGUAUGCAUGCAUGCAUGUAUGCAUGCAUGUAUGCAUGUAUGUAUGCAUGCAUGCAUGUAUGCAUGCAUGUAUGUGUAUCUAUCUAGUGCAAAUUUUAAGCUGUUUGUUAUUCAAUAUUCGAGCGCUGAAACUGAUGAAAGCAAAAUGAUAUCAAUUAACGAAACGUAUCGAAAAACACACACAACUUUAAAAGUUCAUUUUAGCAACAAAAUAAACCAGAGAAUUGCA